AAUUCUGAAAUUACCAUACAUUAUCUCUGGUUGAUUUACCUUUGCUUUUUUCAACACCGAGGAUGAAAUAUAGUAUCAGUAAAUAUUGAAAAAUAAUGAAUUUACUGAGAAUAAAAUGGUCCUUUCAUGCUUUUGAAACGGCUACAUUCUCCUUUUCCCCAAUAACUCUACUUGGGAUCAUAAAGAAUCUUACCACUUUUUGGAAAUUUGAAUCCACUUACCAGAAAGACCUUAGGUGUGGGUUGUAAUGUAGACUUGUGUUUUUUCUUAGCUUCACUCUCUGCUUUGCUCCCAUUGAGAUGGUUUAGUAGCUUAAAAUCUUCUUUCUAGUGAUCUAGGAAGUGAGUGUUUUCCUUUUUUCUUUGUUGAGAUUUUGAGUGGAAGACGAGGGCAAAAAUGUCCUCGAGCAGGGGGUCAGAUCAGUCACAGCUGAUGAGGCGGAUCACCCGAACGCAGACUGCUGGUAAUCUAGGAGAGACCGCUUUUGACAGUGAGGUGGUGCCAUCUUCUCUUAGCGAGAUUGCACCCAUUCUCCGUGUUGCCAAUGAGGUCGAAUCAAGCAACCCAAGGGUGGCUUACCUCUGCCGAUUCUAUGCAUUUGAGAAAGCUCACAGGUUGGAUCCCACUUCUAGUGGACGCGGUGUUCGCCAAUUUAAAACUGCACUCCUUCAGCGUCUUGAAAGAGAGAAUGAUCCAACUUUACAGGGAAGGGUUAAGAAAAGUGAUGCUCGUGAAAUGCAAAGUUUUUAUCAACACUAUUACAAAAAAUACAUCGAGGCCUUGACAAAUGCUGUUGAUAAGGCUGAUCGGGCACAACUCACUAAAGCAUACCAGACUGCGAAUGUUCUCUUCGAGGUUUUAAAGGCUGUCAAUUUGACACAAUCUAUUGAAGUUGACCGUGAGAUUCUGGAAGCUCAAGAUAAAGUUGCAGAACAAACACAGAUUUUGGUCCCCUACAACAUCCUUCCUCUUGAUCCUGAUAGUGCAAACCAGGCUAUUAUGCAAUACCCUGAGAUCCAAGCAGCUGUUUAUGCUUUUCGUAACACAAGGGGUCUUCCAUGGCCCAAUGAUCACAAGAGAAAGAAAGAUGAAGACAUCCUAGAUUGGCUUCAAGAAAUGUUUGGGUUUCAGAAAGAUAACGUGGCAAAUCAGAGGGAACAUUUGAUCUUAUUGCUUGCCAAUGUUCACAUAAGACAAUUUCCAAAGCCUGAUCAACAACCCAAGUUGGAUGACCAUGCACUGACAGAAGUGAUGAAGAAACUUUUUAAGAACUACAAAAAGUGGUGCAAGUACUUGGAUCGCAAAAGUAGUCUUUGGUUGCCCACCAUUCAGCAGGAAGUGCAACAGAGAAAAUUAUUAUACAUGGGUCUGUACCUUUUAAUAUGGGGUGAAGCUGCAAACUUGAGGUUCAUGCCAGAAUGCCUUUGCUACAUCUAUCAUCAUAUGGCAUUUGAACUUUAUGGUAUGCUGGCUGGAAAUGUCAGUCCACUAACUGGAGAAAACAUCCAGCCAGCCUAUGGAGGAGAGGAGGAAGCUUUUCUGCAGAAAGUUGUUACACCCAUCUAUGAAGUUAUUCGAAGGGAAGCUGAAAGGAGUAAACGAGGGAAAUCAAAGCAUUCACAAUGGAGAAAUUACGAUGAUUUAAAUGAAUACUUCUGGUCUGUUGAUUGCUUCCGAUUGGGUUGGCCAAUGCGUGUUGAUGCUGAUUUCUUUUGUCUGCCAAUUGAACAACUUAACGAAAAAAAUGGAGAUAAGAAGCCACAAGCUACUAGGGACCGAUGGGUGGGGAAAGUUAACUUUGUUGAGAUACGCUCAUUCUGGCAUGUUUUUAGAAGCUUUGAUCGAAUGUGGAGCUUUUUCAUUCUUUGCUUGCAGGUUAUGAUCAUUGUUGCUUGGAAUGGCAAUGGUCAACCAAGUUCCAUCUUUACAGGUGAUGUGUUCAAGAAAGUACUGUCAGUCUUUAUUACUGCUGCUAUAUUAAAGCUUGGCCAAGCUGUCCUUGAUGUAAUCCUUAGUUGGAAAGCACAGCAGAGCAUGUCAUUUCAUGUUAAGUUAAGAUACAUAUUGAAAGUUGUUUCAGCAGCUGCAUGGGUGAUUGUUCUGCCCGUUACUUAUGCUUAUACUUCAGACAAUCCUUCAGGAAUUGCGCGAACAAUCCAAAGCUGGUUUGGCAGUACCUCAAGUUCACCUUCCUUGUUCAUUUUAGCUGUUGUGAUUUACUUGUCACCAAAUAUGCUGGCUGCAAUAUUGUUUCUCUUUCCGUUUGUUCGUCGAUUCCUUGAAAGUUCACACUACAAGAUUGUGAUGCUUAUGAUGUGGUGGUCACAGCCUCGUCUCUAUGUUGGUAGGGGAAUGCAUGAGAGCACAUUUUCUCUCUUCAAGUAUACAAUGUUUUGGGUCCUACUUAUCAUCACUAAAUUGGCAUUCAGUUAUUAUAUUGAGAUAAAACCUUUAGUUGGUCCCACAAAAGCUAUUAUGUCUGUUCGGAUAAGGCAUUUCCAAUGGCAUGAAUUUUUCCCCCAAGCAAGGAACAACAUAGGCGUUGUGAUUGCUCUCUGGGCUCCAAUCAUUCUUGUCUAUUUUAUGGAUACCCAGAUUUGGUAUGCAAUAUUCUCUACAUUAUUUGGAGGCAUUUAUGGUGCAUUUCGACGCCUUGGAGAGAUUCGAACAUUAGGAAUGCUCCGGUCUCGUUUUGGAUCAUUGCCUGGUGCUUUUAAUGACUGCUUAAUUCCAGGGGAUAAGAGCGAGAAAAAGAAAAAAGGAUUUUGGCUUUUUUUCUCUCGCAGCUUUGGGCAGCCACUGUCUAAUAAAGAGAAAGAGGCUGCAAAAUUCGCUCAGUUGUGGAACAAAAUUAUCAGUAGUUUUCGGGAGGAGGAUCUUAUAAGCAACAAGGAGAUGAAUCUGUUGCUUGUUCCCUAUUGGGCAGAUCGUGAUUUAGAUCAAAUCCAGUGGCCACCUUUUUUGCUUGCUAGCAAGAUCCCAAUAGCGUUAGACAUGGCCAAGGACAGUGAUAGCAGGGAUAGAGAGCUGCAAAAGCGGAUUGAAGCUGAUCCUUACAUGUUUUGUGCAAUUCGUGAAUGUUAUGCUUCAUUCCGAAGCAUUAUUAGGUUUUUAGUUGAAGGGCAGCGUGAGAAAAGGGUUAUAGAUGACAUAUUUUUCAAAGUUGACAAACGAAUAGUAGAUGGUAGUCUAAUUAAGACUUACAAAAUGAGUGCCGUUCCUAGUCUCUGUGACCACAUUGUGAAGUUGAUAAAACUCUUGUUGGAAAAUAAGCAAGAUGAAAGGGGUCAAGUGGUACUUUGUUUCCAGGACAUGCUGGAGAUUGUGACAAAGGACAUAAUGGCAGAGGAAGAAUUCUCUAGCUUGGAACAUGGAGGGUCUGGGCAUGAUGGGAUGAAUCCAGAUCCACUUCAUCAAUUAUUUGAUACAAAAAAGUUAGAUCAAUUAUUUGCUUCAACUGGAGCUAUCAAAUUUCCAACUCCUGUUUCAGAAGCAUGGAGAGAAAAGAUCAACCGGCUCUAUUUAUUGCUUACCACAAAGGAAUCUGCAAUGGAUGUACCCUCUAAUAUAGAUGCUAGGAGGAGAAUUUCUUUCUUCUCAAAUUCUUUGUUUAUGGACAUGCCUGCUGCACCUAAAGUUCGCAAUAUGCUUUCUUUUUCUGUUUUAACUCCUUACUACACAGAAGAAGUUCUCUUCUCCUUGCAAGAAUUGGAAGAGCCAAAUGAAGAUGGUGUUUCCAUUCUGUUUUACUUGCAGAAAAUCUUUCCAGAUGAAUGGAAUAACUUUCUUGAAAGGGUGGAACGAAACAAUGAAGAAGAACUUAAAGAAUCUCCUGAAUUAGAAGAAAAACUUCGUCUCUGGGCAUCAUAUAGGGGGCAAACUUUAACAAGAACUGUUAGAGGUAUGAUGUACUAUCGAGAAGCAUUGGAGCUUCAGGCUUUCCUUGAUAUGGCCAGACAUGAAGAUUUGAUGGAAGGCUAUAAGGCCAUAGAACUAAAUACAGAGGAUAGUAAAGAGAACAGAUCACUGAAGGCACAGUGUGAAGCUGUAGCUGAUAUGAAAUUUAUGUAUGUGGUGUCUUGCCAACAAUAUGGCAUUCAGAAGCGAUCUGGUAGUGAGCGUGCACAGGACAUUCUGAGGCUUAUGACAAAAUACCCAUCACUCCGUGUAGCAUAUAUUGAUGAGAUUGAACAACGUAGUGAGGAUAGGUCGAAGAAGCUUAAUGGCAAGGUUAAUUAUUUCUCAGUUCUGGUGAGGGCUGUGCCAAAGUCCUUUGAUUCUUCAGAGCAAAAUCUAGACCAGGAAAUUUAUCGGAUAAAGCUUCCAGGACCUGCUAUCUUGGGUGAAGGAAAACCAGAAAACCAAAACCAUGCUAUCAUCUUCACACGAGGAGAAGGGUUGCAGACAAUAGACAUGAACCAGGAUAAUUACAUGGAAGAGGCCUUGAAAAUGAGGAACUUGUUGCAAGAAUUCCUCAAGAAGCAUGAUGGUGUGAGAUACCCUACAAUACUUGGGCUCAGAGAGCACAUAUUUACUGGAAGUGUUUCUUCUCUUGCGUGGUUUAUGUCAAAUCAGGAGACCAGUUUUGUUACUAUUGGUCAGCGACUGUUAGCCAACCCUCUAAAGGUUCGAUUCCAUUAUGGCCAUCCAGAUGUAUUUGAUAGGCUCUUUCACCUCACAAGAGGAGGUGUCAGUAAAGCAUCCAAAGUCAUUAAUUUGAGUGAAGAUAUUUUUGCUGGCUUCAAUUCUACACUUCGUGAAGGCAAUGUGACUCAUCAUGAAUAUAUACAAGUUGGGAAGGGAAGGGAUGUGGGUCUAAAUCAGAUAUCUAUGUUUGAAGCCAAAAUAGCUAAUGGCAAUGGUGAGCAGACAUUGAGUCGAGAUAUAUACCGGCUGGGACAUCGUUUUGACUUUUUCAGAAUGCUGUCUUGUUAUUUCACGACAGUUGGUUUUUAUUUCAGUACUCUGGUAACAGUGCUUACCGUCUAUGUGUUCCUUUAUGGGCGCCUCUAUCUUGUACUCAGUGGCCUUGAACAAGGAUUGAGAGAGGAACCAGCAAUUCGUGAUAAUAAGCCUCUUCAAGUGGCUCUUGCUUCUCAAUCUUUUGUUCAAAUUGGAUUUUUGAUGGCACUACCCAUGUUGAUGGAAAUUGGCUUGGAAAGGGGUUUCCAAACUGCAUUGAGUGAAUUUAUAUUAAUGCAAUUGCAACUGGCACCAGUAUUUUUCACAUUUUCUCUUGGAACAAAAACCCACUAUUAUGGAAGGACAUUGCUUCAUGGAGGUGCUAAGUACAGGCCUACAGGCCGAGGGUUUGUGGUGUUCCAUGCAAAGUUUGCUGAAAACUACCGGCUUUAUUCACGUAGCCAUUUUGUUAAGGGUAUUGAGAUGAUGAUCUUGCUUAUCGUGUACCAAAUCUGUGGUCAUACUUACAGAAGUACAGUUGCUUAUGUAUUGAUCACUGCAUCCUUGUGGUUUAUGGUGGGCACAUGGCUUUUUGCUCCCUUCCUAUUCAAUCCUUCUGGUUUUGAGUGGCAGAAGAUUGUUGAUGAUUGGACUGAUUGGAAUAAGUGGAUAAACAACCGAGGUGGUAUAGGUGUACCUUCAGAAAAAAGUUGGGAAUCGUGGUGGGAAGAGGAGCAAGAGCAUCUUCAAUAUUCUGGCAAGCGUGGUAUUAUUGCUGAGUUAUUGUUAGCUUUACGUUUCUUUAUCUACCAGUAUGGGCUUGUCUAUCACUUGCAUGUUACAAGGGGAACCAAAAGUUUUUUGGUUUAUGGUGCAUCAUGGCUUGUGAUUGUUCUAAUAUUGUUUGUAAUGAAGACUGUAUCUGUUGGAAGGCGAAAGUUCAGUGCAAGCUAUCAGCUUGUUUUCCGGCUUAUCAAGGGAUUAAUUUUCUUGACAUUUGUGUCCAUUCUGGUUAUUUUGGUAACACUUGCUCAUAUGACAAUUCAAGACAUUAUAGUGUGUAUUUUUAUCUUCAUGCCUACGGGUUGGGGAAUGCUUCUGAUUGCUCAAGCUUUGAGGCCUGUUGUAAAGAAAGCUGGUUUUUGGGGAUCAGUUCGAACACUUGCUCGUGGAUAUGAGAUUGUAAUGGGCUUGCUUCUUUUCACUCCAGUUGCAUUCCUUGCCUGGUUUCCAUUUGUCUCUGAGUUCCAGACUCGAAUGCUUUUCAACCAAGCAUUCAGCAGAGGUCUGCAGAUUUCUCGAAUUCUAGGUGGACACCGUAAAGAUCGUGCUUCUCGUCACAAGGAGUAAUAUACUAAGUGGCUGCAGGUUGUAAUUAUAUUGUUGUCGAUCCCUCACUUGAAUUCAAUCUUGAAAAUCUUGUCAAUUGUUGUAAUUAUAUUGUGGUUAUUGAUGCAAGGGGCUUGGCAAUUUUGGCAUUUUGAAUGGAACAGUCUUAUGAUAUGGGUGCCAAUGUAUUAUUCUGCAUACCUAUUACUUUUGUCGGCUAAACACUGCUGGGAAAUGGGAAUGGAUGUUAUGAAUUACUUUCUAAGGGCAGAGUCUUAGGCAAUUCAAUUUCCUUGCACCCUGCAUUAACAACUAAUGUGGAGAUUGAUUUUGUCAUACGUUACUCGUCUGAUAAUAGUAGUUGAUUAAUAUUUUGAUUUGUUA